UUACCAACCAUUAGAUUCCUCACAGCUCAGAAUGAGGGACUCGAUCUCCCUUGUCAGCCAGUCGUCAACGUUUCAGGCCAGCCGUUCCCCUGCGAAACCCAAUGCCUGGGCAUGUAAAAGGAUCACUUAGAAUCCAGGCUUGGAGCCCUACCUUAGGGCACACACUUAUUUUUUUAUUUCUCCCCAUUCAGAGCAUUGUUUCUAAGCAACAGAAGAAAGCUUCAGCCUUGUACGAAGCAGUAGCCUAGUCUCCUUCAGCUGCAGCAGGGCAAAGGAGGAACAACAGCAUCAAGAGUAAAUUCCAUCCUAAAGCUACCACGAGAUAGAGAUUCCAAAGCCCCGAUCCUUUUAAUAAUCAUUGUACAAGACAGAGAGUCUGACGCAGGUUGGAUCUUAGUAAGCAGUCUGAGUUGCGGCAGCCUUUCCACCAACUAGAAAACACCCCCCAUUCAUGGAAAGGAAACGUCUAAAAAAAGAGAUUGAAAAACUCUUAGGCGAUUAUGUUGGCAUCAGACUUCGGGAAAAUGAAUUUGAUCCAAAAGGAAGACAGCAGACCACCUUUCUCGAUGAUAUGGCUCAUUACAACUUGGCCAUCAAUGUUGCUUUACUGUGGCUGAAUGAUUCAGAAACCCAAAGUCCUUUGGCAAAAGGGAAAAGGAAUUUGCCGCUUCACAGCAGAUACAUCUAUCCCAACCGAACUGAGAGAGAAGCCAUGAUUUUAUCAUUUUAUGCCGGGAUCUUAAUGAACAGCAUCCCCAUUGAAGACAUCUUUGAGAUUUACAGCACGGGGCCCUCAGCAACACGCUGGCACCGCUCUGCCAAAGGUCACCAGAUUCACCCUUUCAACCUCUCAUUGCAUCCUUUUGCCAUGCUGACAGCCCCGAAAGCUGUGGAACAUGACUGGAAACAGAGUGUCAAGUUUCAAAAGGCAGCAGCAAAUCAACAUGCCACCACCAAUUCAACAAGAACAAAUAGGGACUGCAAGCGAUCAGAAUCUCCAUCAACAGCAAAACAGCCAGACAACAAAGAGGCUAGAAAACAGUUUAAGCAAGGAAUCUUUCCAGAGGACCUUGCAACAAAGAGUGGGAAUGAAGAAGAGAUGUAACAAGAAGCUAGGUCUCAUGACUCUUACCCAAGACAGUGCUGUGCAAUUCAUUUUUGAGGUGGGAUGGGGAGGGUUGGUCCCUAGAUUUUGGUGAGGCAGGUGUGCUACUUUUGUAUUUGAAUGGCUGUUUUAGCCCUCUUGGCUCUGUUAUGGAAACAGGCUGCCUACCUCAAUGUGAGGCAUAUUACCCUCAAGUUCAUCUUUAAGUAUUACUGUUCCUUUCCAUAUUAGUUGCCAUUUGAUUUCUUGAAGGGAUGAGCUAAAGCUAGCAGUUGUACUCCUAGUUUUCAACACAGCUUUCACAUCAUAGCUUAGCAUUUCUCCCUCCCCUUUUCUGUAUCUUUAAUAGCUCACUCCCAUGCUGAUGUAGUCCCUGAUUCAGCAAAGACUUUGAGCACGCUAAGAAGACCAUCUCUGUUCAGCAAAGCAAGUGCUUAAGUCCCAUUAAGUCAAUGGGACUUCAGUGCUUUGCAGAAUCAGGAUGCCUUGCUCAAUCAGGGCCACAGAGCCUCACCCAGUUCCUAUUGAAGGCAAGGAGAGGUUUUCUUUUCUUUAAUAUGAGUUGUAUUAGACCCAAUCUGAGUAGAAAUUCUCAUUGAUAAGGGAUGUUUAGGAUGCAAUGGACAGAGUGAUAUCAUUAUUCUUUAUGUUUUAUCUUGCACAUUAAAAUGCUAUAGGGUUAAAAACAAAUUACUAAGAAUGGCCAAAGGAUAUCCGUCAGUAAAGACAAAUGUCUCAGAAGUUCCUAGCUAUGCUGGUAUAUUAUACAGUUGUAUUAAUACAUACCCAAGUAUGGUUUGUAUACUAACUUUAUGUAUACAAAAGAAAAUAAAACCUUU